AUGUAAAUAUUUAACCUUAAGAUCUCAUAUUAAAAAGUUAAUCAAGAAAUGUCAUGGUCUUAUAUAUGCUAAAAUCUGUUCCUUCACUUUCAAAGCGUCUACUUCCUUGACAUAUGUUGCUCUGGUUAUCAAAUAUGCAAGCACAACAUUGGCUUCUUUCGCAAAGCCACGCUGUAAAAAACUUAAUAAUAUGCAAAUAAUUAGCAUCGCGUAUUAUUUAUAACGUCCUACGUACUUCCCAGUCUGUUCAUCUCUAAAAUAGUCUUUUAUUUGAUAUCAUUAUGGUUCAAACGUACCGAUUGAAUACUAAACUUGAUCGAUGCAAGUCUAAACACAAAUGUCACGCAUCCUUUCAAAAUUCAUUUUUAAUUUCAAAACGAUGGAUAAAUAAAAUUGCCCAAGUCCAAUAAAGCUAUAAGUAAAAAAAUGUUUUUAAAGCUUUGCAGCUAACAGUUUCGAUAAUGAUUUUUUACUAUUACUUUUAACAUAGCUAUGUUAAUAAUAAUAGUUUUAAAAUUAUUUCUGAAAAGAAAGAAUUUGUAAAUGAACAAAGAAUUUGGUUGACUAUUCUAAUUUUUUUUGUCAAAUUAACACCUAUCAAGCGCUUAAAAACAACCGCCUUGUCUGGGGUUACUUAGCUGAUAAGUUCGGCAAAAAGAAGUUGUUGCUGUUCUCAUCUUCUGGCAUUGCUGUUUUCACAUUUUUGUUUGCUUUCAGUCGUUCAUUUACUUGGGCUUUAGUAACAAGAUUGUUACAAGGUGCAGCAAUGGGUGUGGUUGUUCUUACUAAAAGUAUCUUAGUAGACAUUUGUGAUGACACAAAUAUAUCUUUGGCUUUUUCAUUUUUGUUUUCUGGCUAUCACCUUGGUCAAGUUAUUGGACCAAGUCUAUCAGCUGUGUUAGUUUUUCUUGGUGAUCGAUAUCCUAAGACUUUUAAUAAAGAAUCAUUUUUUGCUGAGUAUGCAAUAUUUUUACCUAACCUUCUUAUUACCAUUGGUUUUGUGUUUGGAAUAGUUUGGGGAUAUUUUACUAUUCCUUCAGAUAAUCAAAUUUUUAAACCUGAGAAGAUUUGUUUAAUAAAUGAUGAUGCGUACAAUGAUACAAAAACUUGUCAAGAUUAUUUUAUGAAUCUUUCUCUAGAUCCUAGUAACAACAAUAAUGAUAAUUCUAAUAGCAACAAUAAUAACAUGUCAGAAAAAUCUCCAUUACUUGUUAAAUGCAAAAAAUCUUUAUUUAGGAGAUUUAUUUAUAGGCUAAAGUAUUCAGCCAUUGGUAGGAUAUUAAGAUCAAAAGAAAGUUUUUUAUGUGUAAUUCUCUAUGGUUUGUAUGGAAUAGUUACAACUGGAUUUUAUGAAAUUCUACCUGUAUUUUUAGCAACUUCUGAGGAAUAUGGAGGAAAUGCAAUGACGGUAUUUGAUAUUGGCAGUUUCAUAUUAAUCUCUAGUAUUUUUAUUAUAAUAACACAGCUUGCUACUUCAAAGAUUCAAUUUUGGUUUGGAGCCAAAAAGGCAUUUAUUGGAGGAAUCUUUAUUUUUAUUUGUAUGGUCCCAUUACUACCUGUUUCUGGAUUAAUUAAAAAAGGUACAUCUCGAUGGAUCUUUCUAAUGUUUGUCCAAGUUUCUAUAAAUGCAGUAAUUAGUGUAUGUUUCGUUUGCCUUAAUGUGUUUUUGGGUAACAGCGUUGAACCUGACCUUUUGGGAACAAUCAAUGGCUUGGGAAUGUCUGUGUCAUGUAUCGGAAGGGCACUGGGACCGACAAUAUUUGGAGUUUCUUACAGCUGGUCAUUAUCAAAUGUUGAGCAUCAUAGACUUGGAUUUCCAUUCAAUCAAUACUUUGUUUUUUUCUUAAUUUCUCUCUGCUGUUUUUUAAACCUUAUUUACGUUUACUGGUUAAUUCCAACUUCGUUGAAUAAAAGAAAAGUGCUUCCAGAUAAAAGUGAAGUUGUUAUUAGACUUAAAGAAUAUGUUUAUUGCUGAUAGAUUUUUUU